AUGGCAGAAUCAUCAGAAUAUUUUCAACCUGAAGAAUCAGAAAAUUUUCAACCUAUGUUAGAAAUUUUUCCAGAGUCACAAGAAAGUAUGGAGAUCGAAGAAAUAGGUGAUUCAUUAAUGAAUCUGGGUAUAGAUAACAGAAACAACAAUGAAUUACCAGAAUCAAGUAAAAGCACUAUGACAGAAGAAAGUAAACAUGAUGACCAGCAUGAAUUGGACUACACUGGAUGCCUUGUUGGCUUUACUGCAAAAACUUUGAAUGAAAUAUAUGAAGUAUAUCAAAAACAUGCUUUUGCUAUUGGAUUUGGGGUAAGACAAUCAACAACCAGAUACACACAAGGAGAACCCAAAACCAUCAAAGGGAAAGACUUUGUUUGUUCAAAGGAAGGAUUCAGAGUUAAACCAAAAGUGAGAAAAACUCCACCUCCACCAAACCAAAAACAGAAGAGAGUGAAGCAAGUGCCUAUUACUAGAACUAGCUGCAAAGCAUUCAUUAGAGCCAAAAAAAUAGUGAUGGUAUGUUUGAAGUUGAAGAGCAUAUGA